UGACAGACACAACAUAUGUCUCAUAACAGGAGAAAGUUUGCAUAUACAGGAAUUCAAUAUUGUCGAAUCAUAUCUCUUUUUGUAUUGAUUUCACCUCGACCGCUGCUCGGCGGAACAUUUUCCACAAUGUCGUGGAUGGAUUCAUGGUCUCGCCCCGGGAAGCAUGCUGCAAUACCGCCGCCUCUAUAUUCGACUCAAGGUGACUCGGCGAGAUACUGCCAAUCGUGUGGCCGUAUCAUGAGCUCUUCAGCGAAAGCUGGAACGGCAAAACUCGAAGAGAAAAAGUACUGUUCGUCCAGAUGCAGGAGUCAGAAGCCCGGCCCUCAAGAUCGAAGAAUCGAAGAUGCAUUUGUCAGACUUUUGAUGGCAGAUUCGAAGUUUGAACGAGAACCAAUACCCGAAGCUCUUCUGAAUAAACGAACGAAGCCACUCAAAGGCGAUCCCAGAGUCAUCGUUCCUUGUUCAGUGGUGGAAGAAUUAAUUUUUGGGACGCGGCAUGAUCCCACGAAGACAUCGGGGCGAAAGAAGAAUCGUGCCUCAAGGGUCAUUGGAGAUGAAAAUGAAGAGCUCGACGGGCAUGGAGCGGAGCUCAAGCAGUUCACAACUCAAGGAUUCGCGGGCAAAGUGCGCCCCCCGCAACAUUUAACCGAUAUCAACGGAAGCAUCGGUGGCGAGAAGGGAAGAGCAGAGAAAGGAGAGGAAACCGGAGAACACGCAGGACGGCGGAAAGAAGGGCUGCGGGUGACGGAAGAGAAGGAGAGAGUGAAGCGGGCGGCAAGGAGAGGAGUGGUCUUUGGCUUCACGGUGGGAGACGCUAAAGAAGCCGAAAGCGAAGAUAAGGGCAACGAUCAUCAUGCGAGGAGGAAAUGUGAAGCCAUGAUGAAGGGAAAAGUUGUUGAGCCGAGUUUCGCAAAGGGUGACUGGGGUAUCAGAUGGAGGGAGUAAGGGUC